AUGUCCAAAAUGUUUCAUACAAUGGCUGAUCUCUCGGAUCUAGAUGCCAUUACUAAAUCCAACAAGGAGCGACUUCGUUUACUUAACAUUCUUCCUAAAGAACAAAAGGCAGAGAUCGAAGUUUAAACAGAUGUUUAAACUGAAAAAAUUGUUUAAAUACUUCCCAAAGAAGAUUCACUCACUUUACUUAAUCUAAGCAUCAAUAAGUACAUCCAAGAAGUAGAUCAAUACAACAAGUAAUAUCAACAAAAUCUAGAAGAAUUAAUCAACAAAAUUAAAGCCACAGUCAGGAGAGUUCUGAAUUAAGAAGCAUAUGUUUAUGGAUCCUUUGCAACUGAACUCUCCCUGCCUAACAGUGACAUAGAUAUUGUCAUCAUGACUGCAUAAACCAUGUACAUUGUUGAUCAAAUGAAGAAAUUGGAAAUUGAAUUUUCAAAAACUAAAUUCAUAGAAGAAACUAAAUGCAUUCUAUUCACUGCUAUUCCUGUACUCAAGUUGAAGUCUGUCAGCUACUAUUUUAACAAAAGAAUUGAUAUUUCAUUCCAAGAACCCAGACACAAUGGUAUCCAAUGUGUUUCAUUAAUUAAAUCUUACCUCAACUAUUUGCCAGAAUUGAGACCCUUGACCAUGGUAUUAAAGUAAUUUCUAUCUCAAUCCUCUCUCCUAGACCCAUAUCAAGGAGGAUUAAGUAGCUAUGGGUUGAACUUGAUGAUCAUUUCCUUUUUGCAAUCUCGCACUGGCCAAUAACUUUCCUUGGGUUAAUGCUUAGUCGAAUUUCUGUACCUCUAUGGAUGUGAAAUGGACUACAUUGCAAAAACCAUUUAUGUAUUCCUACCUGACUAACAGAUUUCAGCUUAUCCCAUUUAUUUUAAUCCAUAAAAUGCAGUUAAUCAAAUUCCAACUCUAUUGAUAUAAGAUCCUCUAAAUGAAAAGCAUAAUGUUGGAAGACCUACCUACAAUAUCUAAGCUAUCAAAUUUAUUUUUGCUGUUGGAUUUAUGAAGGCUUUAAAUUAUUAAUCAGAUCAGAUUGAUGAUUUUUUAUCAUGUGGAAAGGAUGUUCAAUUAAAAUUAGAGUCUCAUAUACAUAAUUUCUAUUAACAAUGA